AUGGGGCUUCUGAGUAUCAUUCGAAAAAUCAAGAGAAAAGAGAAAGAAAUGCGAAUUCUCAUGGUUGGGCUCGACAAUUCAGGGAAGACCACCAUUGUUUUGAAGAUCAAUGGAGAGGACACAAGCGUUAUCAGUCCCACUCUUGGCUUCAACAUCAAAACCAUCACCUACCAAAACUCUGAUCUUAGAAGAUUAGAUGAUUGCAAAAUGGAACUUGAUAAUCUUCUAAAGGAAGAGAGGUUAUCAGGGGCAUCCUUAUUGAUACUAGCUAACAAACAGGAUAUUAAAGGUGCUCUUACACCAGCUGAAAUUGCUAAAGUUCUAAACCUGGAAGCUAUGGAUAAAACACGGCACUGGAAAAUUGUUGGCUGUAGUGCAUACACUGGUGAAGGGCUUCUUGAGGGGUUUGAUUGGUUGGUUCAAGAUAUUGCUUCCCCUCUUUUCAGAAAAAUGCGGAUUAGGGGCUUGUUUAGUAUUCGCAGCGGGAAGUUGCUGAAUCUUUCCCUUCUUCAAACAAUGAACUUAGCACCAUUCUUUCGUACGGGAAAACAUGUUGAAAAUGCUCAUGCUUGGACGUGUUAUUCUUGUUUUUCCACCGGUGAUGACUAUAAAAAGGUCCCUAAGAAGAUGAUGUUGGCAAAGGACUUGGCAUGUCUUGUUGAGGAGUCGUUUCAUCAAGAAGAGAGGAAAGCCAAGAGCAGAAUGGAGCUCAAGAGGUCUCUUGAACUUCGUGUAAAAAAGAGAGUAAAAGAGCAAUUCUUAAGUGGAAAGUUUCAAAACUUAAUGUCCAAAGUGAUUGCCAAUCCAGAUACACUUCAAGAUGCUUUUGAUUGUAUUAGGCUCAACUCAAAUGUCGACAUAUCGGUGAAGGAUGAUUCUAUUUGUUUUAAGUCCCUGGCAGAGGAACUUCUUGAGGGGAGUUUUGAUGUCAAAGCAAAUACCUUCUCUGUGGCAACAAGGGGUAAGAGGAAAGAAGUCCUUGUCCUUCCAAAUCUGAAGUUGAGGACUGUUCAAGAAGCUAUCAGAAUAGUUUUAGAAGUUGUCUACAGGCCCCAUUUUUCUAAAAUUUCACAUGGCUGUCGAAGUGGGAGGGGUCACUCCACUGCAUUAAGAUACAUCAGCAAAGAGAUUGUUGCUCCAAGUUGGUGGUUCACAUUAAUUUUAAACAAAAAGGUUGAUGUUAAUAUCCUUGCUAAGCUCAUUUCCAAAUUAAAGGACAAAGUAGAGGACAACCAGUUAUAUGCUAUUAUCCAGAGUAUGUUUGAUGCAGAUGUACUCAAUUUUGAGUUUGGAGGUUUCCAGAAAGGCCAUGGUCUUCCACAGGAGGGAGUGUUAUCCCCAAUAUUAAUGAACAUAUAUCUUGACCUCUUCGAUCAAGAAUUUUACAGAUUGUCUAUGAGAUAUGAAGCUCUUAAUACAGGCUUUUAUAAGAAUGAAGAUAUGUCACAUUCCAAGUUGCGUGACUGGUUUAGGAGACAGUUAAAAGAAAAUGAUCUUAAAGACAGAGUUAAUGACGAUUCUAGCCCAAGAGUUCAUUGUUGCCGGUUCAUGGAUGAGGUACUUUUUGCAAUUUCUGGUUCCAAAGAUGUUGCUCUCAGUUUUAAGUCUGAGAUUGUAGGGUUCUUUAAGAAUGCUUUGGGUUUGGAUUUUGAUGAUGAGCAAAGAGAAAUUCAAGUAUGCGAUGGGUCUAAAGGAAUUCAGUUUUUGGGAGUCUCUGUUAGAAGAAGCAUGCGAGAAGGUCCUGCAGCAAGAGCUGUGCACAAGUUAAAGGAAAAAGUUAAGUUGGUUGCUUUACAGAAACAAGAUGCUUGGGAUGCUGGGACUGUUAGAAUUGGAAAGAAAUGGUUGGGUCAUGGUUUAAAAAAGGUUAAGGAGUCGGAGAUUGAGCACUUAGCAGACAGUAACUCUACUUUGAGUAAAAUUUCUUGUUUCCGUAAAGCUGGGAUGGAAACUGAUCACUGGUACAAGGUCUUAAUUAAAGUAUGGAUGCAAGAUGUUAAAGCCAAAGCGGCUGAGAAUGAGGAUUCGAUCUUGUCUAAGUAUGUUGUAGAACCAGCACUUCCUAAAGAACUAAAGGAAUCUUAUUAUGAAUUCUUGAACCGUGCAAAUGAAUAUGUUUCUUCUGAGACAGCAGCUACCCUUGCUCUUUUACCAAAUUCAAGCUCAAACACUGGAUAUGUUGCUGUUACUGAGAUCAUUGCUCCUGCCAAUGCAAUAAAGAAGCGUCUCUUACGCUAUGGAUUGACCACUUCUGCGGGAUAUCCUCGUGUGGCUUCACUGCUCAUCUUACAAGAUAACCUUCAAAUUAUUGACUGGUUUUCAGGGAUUGUUUACCGAUGGCUUAGGUGGUACCAUGAGUGUGACAACUUCAAUGAGAUCAAGCCCUUGAUUUCUACUAUACUUAGGAAAUCAUGCAUUCGUACUCUAGCAGCAAAAUAUAGGAUUCAUGAAUGUGAAAUUGAGAAACAAUUUGAUUCAGAACUAUGCAGAAUCCCUUCGGUGGAAGAGGUAGAGCCAGAGCUGACAUAUGAAACAUCUGAUCCUAACUCUUUUGAAAAUGAUGAGGCCUUGAUGUAUGGAAUUUCUUCUAGUGGUCUGUGCCUGCUGUCUCUGGAAAGAAUGGUGAGCCAGUCAAGGCCUUGCAAUUGUUUUGUUAUGGGGUGCUCAGUGGCAGCACCAAGUGUUUACACUCUCCAUGCUAUGGAAAGACAGAAAUUUCCAGCAUUUGUUCAUUAUUCAGUGUCUGGUUAUAUGGGUCUUCAAUAUAAGAACUUGCAGUUUGGCUUUCUUGAUCUGCCUUAUGCAAACCAGGCUCUUAUGGUUGCUGAGUGUUCAGAAUCUUGUUCAGCAGUUUCAAAAGUAGUCAACCAUGAUCAAUGCCUCAGAAUGAUAGAUGCUCAUGUGUUCAGGGUUAUUGAUCGUUACAAAUACAAGGAGUUAAGAGUGAAAAGAAUGUAUUUUCAUUUUUCUUUUCUACUGGACUUGGAGUUCCAUCAAAUAAGAGCUGGGAAUCUCGGUGGAAUGAAGAACAAGAGCAUUUGCAGCACACUGGUUUUAUGGGACAUCUUGUGGAGAUUCUUCUUUCUCUGCGCUUCUUCAUUUACCAGUGUAAGGUCUGUCCUGGCUGGUCAUUGUUGCCGUGAUGAUGGUUUUGAAGGUGAGAUAGUGCCCAUGGGUAGAAAGAAAUUCAGUGCAGAUUUCCAGCUGAUGUUCAGGCUUCUUAAGCUAUUCCUAUUUAUCGGUUGUGUAGUUGUUAUUGCAAUGCUGUUUUACUUCCUUGAUUUCACUGUUGGAGACAUCUUUCAGGGCCUACUAGCCUUCAUGCCCACAGGGUGGGCUCUACUGCAGAUAUCACAAGCAGCUCAGCCAAUAGUGAAGGGAAUCGGGAUGUGA